GAAUGUCUUCAGUACUAAAGGCUGCGUAUAACAUUGGUGGACAUACUAUAAGCGUAGACCAGAUACAGAACUUCAUUCUGGGAUGCAGAAUGCCUCGCCCAGGACAGUGGCUGCGGUUGUGGUUUCCUUCAAUGACAAAACCAAAGGUUAGAGAUGCAAGAAAAGGAUAUGCAAUACAUCGUCCAGAACCUUUAUUACUAUUUGCUCUUUGCACAGGAAGCCAUUCUGAUCCUGCGGUUCGUUUGUACACACCUAAGAGAGUAUUUGAAGAGCUACAAUGUGCCAAAGAGGAAUACAUUCAGUCCAACAUCACCAUAAGCAAAGAACAGAAAGUAGUUCUCCCAAAGAUGGUUGAUUCCUUUGCAAAAAAUUCAGGUCGAGGAGCAUCUGAUUUGAUGGAGAUGAUUAAGCCUUAUCUACCCGAUUCUCAAAGGAAGAGCAUUCAAGAGUUUCAUUCAAAGUCAAGCUUGAAAAACAUUGAAUUAACUCCUCAUAACUUCACUUUCCAUUACUUGAUUUCAAAGGAAUUAGCUUGGUAAUGACAUUCCUCGGUAGGAUUCAUGUACUUGUGUGGGUAGAAUAAUCAUCUGUCUAUCCAAAACUUGCAUUUGGUGGUAAGCACAGGUGUAACGAGCAAGAAGCAAAUUUGUCUGCUUCAAAACAUAACAGGUGAAUAAUAGUUGCCUGCGUUAUAUCCGUGAAGAUAUUAAACCAAGGAUGGUGAGUCACUAAGGUGGGAAUACGAAGCAGAGAAAGAUGUACUUCAGAUAGAAAGCAAAGGUUUAACUAAUUUUUGCUUCAUAACUCCCUAUCUUAAGGUCCUUUUCAGUUAAUGGAUGUAUAUUCUUGAUUCUUUUCAUCGACAUCAGCUUAGUAUGAUAUUUCAAUCCUGGAUA